CGUGUGAGAAACAGCGCCAGCGUCAAGUCAACCCCCAAACCGCACGGUACAAAAACGGCGAGGGUCGCGGUCACAGUCGCGAGAAGAAAGUGCGCGUUGGUCGAUAUUCAUCUUCCUGGAGCUGGAAGCAGUAGUCGUCGUCGGAAAGGCGCGUCCAAUUAUUUCGUUGCCCGUCAGCUGGAGUUCGGUGUGGUCGUCGUCGUCGUCAUCGCUGUGCCGUAGGGUGGUCACUGCGCGGCAUCAAAACCCUUUUAUUCGGUCGGGCGGAAGAUUUGAUUGCGUGAUUGUGUCGUGACGAUUGGCCCCGCGCGGUUCGGUGUCGAAGCCAUUUAUUAGUAAACAAAACGGUAGUGGUGAGCGUGAAGGCGAUCGUGAAGGGAGCAGCAACCGAUUUGCGUAAGGGAAGUGAAAGCCUCCGCUAGUGAAACAGGCAUCGUACGCAGUGUGUGUGUGUGUGCGUGUGUGGCUCCCUUUUGGUUUGUUGGUGCAAUUUUCACGUGCCUGUGAAGUGAGUGAGUGAGCGAGGGGAGAGACGGAAGCAAGCGAAAUGGAGGAGAAAAGUUUGCUACUGAACGUGCACAGCAAUCUGGAGCCCCCGAAACCGGACGGGAACACGUUUCUGAUGCGCGGCAACUACCACUACUACCAUUACGGGUGUGACGGAUUUCAGGAUAUGGGCUGGGGCUGUGGCUACCGUACGCUGCAAUCGAUCUGCUCGUGGAUCAUCGCCAACGGCCCACCAAAGACGGCCUCGUCCGGCGAGGUGCCGAACAUUCCCACCAUCCAGCAGACGCUGGUCGAGAUCAAGGACAAGCCGGAACGAUUUUUCGGGUCGCGCGAAUGGAUCGGCACACUGGAGGCGAUCUACGUCAUCGACACGCUGUACGACGUGUCCUGCAAGGUGCUGCACAUCGCGCGCAGCGACAGCAUCGCCAAGCAUGCGGACACACUGCGCGACUACUUCGAGCAGUACGGUGGGUUGAUCAUGAUGGGGGGCGAUAUGGAUGCGGCCUCGAAGGGUAUCGCCGGCAUCCACGUGAGCGUCGACCAGGACGUGUAUCUGCUCGUGGUCGAUCCGCACUUUGUCGGGCGCAUCAAGACGAAGGAGGAACUGUACACGAAGGAGUACGUCAAGUGGCAGAAGGUGGAAGACUUUGUCGACAGUUCGUUCUACAACCUGUGCCUGCCGAUGCUGAAGAGCCGUGAGCUGGCGGCGUAAGAGUGGUAAUCGUAUGGUAACGCUUUCAUCAUAUCAUCGUGGUGGUGUGCGAGGACAGAACAACGCAUUGUACGAGGUAUCAGAGGACAAAACAGGUAGUCUGGGUUCUGGGACAGCAGAGCUUCCUAUUCCCCGUUUUUUUUGACAAUAGCGUUUUCUAACGAUGGAAGUGAGUCCACAUCAAGAUCAUCAAGAACGGUUGUUGGUGUUGGAAGUUUAGAACGCAUUGUACGAGGUAUCAGAGGACAAAACAGGUAGUCUGGGGUCUGGGACAGCAAAGCUUCCUAUUCCCCGUUUUUUUUGACAAUAGCGUUUUCUAACGAUGGAAGUGAGUCCACAUCAAGAUGAUCAAGAACAGUUGUUGGUGUUGGAAGUUUCUUUUUAUCCCGUCCCUUAUUGGCCAUUUUAAUCUGGCUUGCGACCCAGGUGACGAACGUUUAUUUAUUAGUGAAUUAAGCAAAAUCCACUCCCCUGCCUAUAUCUUUAUAUAUAUAUGUAUCCAAGCAUAUUACAAAAAAAAAGAAAAUUAGUCCAAAUCUAAUCUGCGCCAUUAGUGGCACAGGUGAUCGCGCGUGAACGUUUUCUCCCUACAAGGGAGAAGCUCUACGCCAGCAGUAAGCAAAGAAUAAUAAUUAGUAUAAGAAUGCGUAUUUCUUUUCUAUCUCUUCUAUCGUAUCGUAGCAUGUAAUCGUGUUUAGGAAAAAGGAAAUGAUGUGUGUAGCACAAACGAUGAACCAAAAGUAAAAAAGGUUUUAUGUUAUCAACACAGUUAGUAAUUCUGUUUUUAACCAGGCAUUGAAACGUUUCAAGAGAACACAAAAAGCAUACGAAUUUAUUAAAUUGAACCCUUUUUAUCUUAAUCGGUGUGGCUUAUUGGUAAAAAUUUAAUGAAAAGAUACCAAAUCCCCCUUGGCAAAAACUAUCCUUCAAAGGGACCAAAAAACGACAACACGCAAGAGACGAUGCAAUUAAGAGAAAUUAUGUACGUACGCAUGAUUGGUAUGUCUCAAAACAAAGGUGUAGAAUCAACAUACAUAACGUAUCAAAUUCAUCUCACAAACUCGUCGACGUUUGCCAUAAAUUAGGUGUUACAAUUCGGUAGUGAAAACAUAAGAACGAAAAACAAAAGAAACGUACAAUUAGUGUUUAAAAAAAAAAACAAAAACGGAAGUAUCAAAACAGCUCAUACAAAUAAUUCGCAAAGUUCCCAAACAUAGGCGAUGAGAACCAAACAACAGUAGUAAAUGCAGCAAAUCACCACCAAACACUGCCCCACACACACACACACACACACACACACACACACACAAGCUGUUGUAUUCGAAUGGAAAACUUAAAAGAAGGAAACCGAAAAAGAAAAAAAUAACAAAUUUUUUGUCUAAAAAACAAACAGUAAAAGAAUUUAAUUUAAAUAGCAAACAAAAAACCCGAAAGAGGCAUACACACACAUGGAUGUGAAGUUGGUGUAGUUAACCAUUUUCUCUAGCGUAGUUGAAAUUGUUUGGUGUGCGUCAUGUUACAGAAAGAUGUGUAAAACUAUUUUAUUUUAACUGUAUGUAGAACAUCUAACACACACACAAAGAGAACGAUGUAGACAAAUAUGUUAAAGAUAUUUUUGUUGUUAUGUAUUUAUAGCGCGCGUUAGGUAGGUUCGCGUUCCGUGCCCGUUCAAUGGGAGGGCGGAAACGGACGAUGAAGAAAGAUGAAGAUCGCAAAAGAAGAAAUAAAUAUUUACCGUAAAUAACGUAA